AUGGAAGCGUCGACGCCGGUACUGAGCUCGAAUCUCGAUAGCCGCUGGCAAGUGGCAACAUCGAGGACACGGGAACAAGAGGGGCAUGGAGGCUGCAGAUGCUCUCGCCUCGGCUUCUGGGCCUCCGUCGAUUCUGUCCGCAUCGGCGCAGGCGCGACCUUCGCGAGAAGCUUGCCCGCACUCUUCGAGCUCGGCUGCGCGGUCGCGGCUGGGUUCAACGCCGCCUGGGACUCUCCUCCAAUCUCCGGUGGGGCCGUGGAGGCAAAGCUGAAUGCCCCAGCUGUGUCGUCAAGCCGCGGGCGCGAACAAGGGCGGCUGCGCGCGAUGGCCGCGGCCGCUGGAGUUUUCGCUUUCGAACGCGCUCGAGAACGCCCUAGAAAACUCGUUGCCGUGUUCAGCUUUUGA